CUUUCUAUCGUAUACCAUAUGGAAGCAGAAGCUUCUAUAUUGCAAAUAUUAUAGCUUCUAAUACCAAGUUGGCUUAAUAUUAGUUUGGUUCCCAAUGCGGAUUCGAGAAGCACUUCUAUGCUUCUACUUACCAUUACUACUGGUUUCUGCAAACAUCUGCUAUGGUGAUGAUAGAACUAACUCAGUUAACUCAGUUGAGGUAGUUGGUACUGGAGAAUGUGCAGAUUGUGCAGAGACCAAAAUUAAGACUAGCCAGGCACUGUCAGGGCUGCACAUAACUAUUGAUUGCAAGCCAGUAAAUGGGGAGUUCAAAACAAGAGGAGUUGGGAAGCUAGAUUCAGAAGGAAAGUUUAAAGUGAAUCUUCCUAAUGACAUAGUAAAAGAAGAUGGAAAAUUGAAGGAAGAAUGCUAUGCUCAACUUCACAGUGCAUCAGCCACACCAUGCCCUACUCAUAGUGGCUUAGAAUCUUCCAAGAUUAUCUUCAAGUCCAAAAACAAUGGCAAACACACAUUUGGACUUGCAGGGAAACUAAAAUUUUCACCUCUAACUUGCACUUCAGCCUUCUUAUGGCCUCACUUCAAGUAUCCACCACUACCUAAGUUGCCACCUUUACCUAAAUGGAAACUUCCUCAAUUGAAAAACUUUGGUCAUCCUUUCCUUCCUCCAUUUCCACCACAUCUUUUCCCUCCCCUUCCACCACAUCUUUUCCCUCCCCUUCCACCCAAAGUGGUCUACCAGCCGCCAUCAGUGCCAGUCUACAAGCCGCCACCAACACCACCGAAAGUUUUCCCUCCACCAGUGCCUGUGUAUAAGCCGCCACCGAAAGUUUUCCCUCCACCAGUGCCUGUGUAUAAGCCCCCACCGAAAGUUUUCCCUCCACCAGUGCCUGUGUAUAAGCCGCCACCGAAAGUUUUCCCUCCAAAGCCACUCCCUCCACCAGUGCCAGUCUACAAGCCACCACCGGUGCCGCUCUACAAGCCACCACCACUACCCAAGAAACCUUGCCCUCCCAAGAAACCGCUUCCACCUAAACCACCAGUGCCAGUCUAUAAGCCAAAACCACCAAUCUUCCCUCUCCCUCCACUUCAUCCAAAACCACCAAUCUUCCCUCUCCCUCCACUUCAUCCAAAACCACCAAUCUUCCCACUCCCUCCACUUCAUCCAAAACCACCAAUCUUCCCUCUCCCUCCACUUCAUCCAAAACCACCAAUCUAUCAUAAGCCUAUUCCUCCACCACCAAAGCUUCCUCCAUUUCACCACCCCAAAUUCGGACAUUGGCCUCCAGUAAUGCCACCAAGUUCUCCUAUCCAUACAUGGUAUAGAAGCUUACUUAGAGCUUCUACAUUGUGUUUUAUGAUGUUUCCAAUGAGGAUUCUUUCUCUUUUUAGUGGAGCACUUUUGUGCUUUUGUAUGUAUUUGUUGUUUGCUUCUACUUUUUGCUAUGGAGAUGAUAAAAAGGAAGAGCUUGGAGUUGAUAAUUUCAUUAAGCAUAAGGUGUUUCCUCCAUUACCACCAAAAGUCUUUCCUCUACCUCUCAAAAAGCCACUUUUACCACCUAUACCAAUUUCUGGAAAGUCAUUUCUUCCUUCACUCCCAUUAAUAUUUCCACCACCUAUUCCGAUAUUUAAGAAGCCAUUACCUCCAUCAAUACCAAUUUUUAAGAAACCACAUAUUCCAGUGUUUAAAAAGCCAUUGCAUCCAUCAAUACCAAUAUACAAAAAGCCUCUUCCGCCACAUAUUCCAAUUUUUAAGAAGCCGUUGCCUCCGCCAAUACCAAAAUUUAAGAAACCAUUUUUACCUCCUAUUCCCAUUUUUAAGAAGCCAUUACCUCCACCAAUACCAAUAUAUAAAAAGCCUCUCCCACCACCUAUUCCAAAAUUUAAGAAACCAUUGCCUCCACCAGUACCAAUAUAUAAAAAGCCUCUCCCGCCACUUAUUCCAAAAUUCAAGAAACCAUUGCCUCCACCAAUACCUAUUUAUAAAAAGCCUCAUCCAUCCCAUGUUCCGAUUUUUAAGAAGCCAUUGCCUCCGCCCAUACCAAUACACAAAAAGCCUCUCCCACCAUCUAUUCCAAUAUUCAAGAAACCAUUGCCUCCAUCAAUACCAAAAUUUAAGAAACCACUUCCACCUCCUAUUCCAAUUUUUAAGAAACCAUUUCUUCCUCCAAUUCCAACAUUUAAGAAGCCACUCCCUCCUCCCAUCCCAAUAUUUGAAAAACCACUAAUCCCUCUUAUUCCAAUUCAUAAGAAACCAUCACUUCCGCAUCCUCCGAUUCCAGCUUUUAAGAAGCCAAUUCCUCCUUCAAUUCCAGUAUUUACAAAGCCUAAACCACCUGUCUUCUUCAAGCCUCUUCCUCCCCUCCCUCCUUUUCCCUAAGCCUUCCUCCUCAUCACCCAAACAUUACUCCAAAGUGUUUCCCCCAUUCCUGGUCUAGAGAACUGCCUCUCUUGACAACUUACUUCUACCUAUUAAGUUACUCUCCAAAGUGUGACUAUUGGCAUGAAUAUGAACACCAUAUAUAUAUAUAUAUAUACAAUAAAACCUCCAAUGUAGAUAGUAUCAAGUUGUUUGUGUGUUAUUUAUUUUCCUGCAUUUUGAGUUUUAAAUUUAUAAUGAACAUGUAGCUUGUGAAAUAAUUAAAUAAUAAUAAUUUCAGUUUCCAUUUGUGGUGACUAA